UAGCAAAAUGGUGUCUGACUUGUUCAGCUCGUAAGAGAGUCCAUUUGUUGUUAGUGAGAAAGUGUUUGUCAGCUUCAGCAGUAGUGAUCAACAGGGCCUCUGUAUGUCUGAACGGACUCUGGCCUGAAUGUUUUUCCUCUGACUCAUUACCCGGUAAGUUAGCCUACAAAGCUACUAAAGAUAGCUUAGCAUGCUAGCUAGAAUUAAGACUGACGGUGACGGAAGUUAGCAACACAGCAUCCUGUUAGAGUGAAUGACGGAGGGCAAACGGUGUUUUUUUGACGUGGAGACAAAAGUUUCUGUCUUUGUGUUGAAAUGUCUAAAGCCCAAAUGCUGAGAGCGUUGGUGAGGCAGCGACUAACUGUGGCUGCUGAAGAAAUAUUUGGGCUGUUUGAAAGAACGAUAGCACAGUACGAGGAGGGGCUUUGUCGAUCAAAAGAGGAGAACGAGCGACAACGGAAACUACUGGACGCUGUUUUCAGCCCUCAGCUUCAGUUACACAGAGCAGCUUUACCUUUAGAUGUCCAGAAAGUAAUUGUUGGUGAAGAAGAGCAGCAGAAGUCCCGUUCCAGUCUGGACCAGGAGGACCCAGAGCCCCCACACAUUAAAGAGGAACAGGAGGAACUCUGGAGCAGUCAGGACGGAGAGCAGCUUCAAGGGCUGGAGGAGGCUGAUAUCAAGUUCACAUUUACUUCUGUCCCUGUGAAGAGUGAAGAAGAUGAUGAAGAGAAAGCUCAGUUCUCACAGCUUCAUCAAAGACAAACUGAACAGAUGGAAACAGGAGCUGAUGGAGAGGACUGUGGAGGACCAGAACCAGCCAGAAACUCAGAUCCAGAUACACAUUUACAACCAGAUCCUGAAGACAAGACUGGAGUCUCUUCUGAACCCGAGACCGAUGACAGUGGUGACUGGAAGGAGACCAGAGAACCUCAGUUAAGCUUAAACUAUCUGAAAAGUGAUGAGGUCACUGUCAGUGGUUUGAGAUGUAAUGUUGGUGAGAAACCAUUUAGCUGCUCUGAGUGUGACAAAAGAUACGGUACCAGUGAACAUCUGAAGGUACACAUGAGAUCUCAUACAGGAGAGAAACCUUUUAGCUGCACAUUUUGUAAGAAAUCCUUUGCUCACAGUGGAAGUUUACACACUCAUGAGAAAAUCCACACAGGAGAGAAACCUUUUAGUUGCUUGGUCUGUAAGAGAUCUUUCAUACAGAGUGGGAGUUUACAGACACACAUGAAAAUCCACACGGGAGAGAAACCUUUCUGCUGCUCAGUUUGUGGGAAAGCUUUCACACAAGCAUCAAGUCUGAAACAACACAUGAGCAUCCACACAGGAGAGAAACCUUUCAGCUGCUCAGUGUGUGGUAAGUGUUUCAUAGGAAGUGGACAUUUGAACAGACACAUGAGGAAUCACACAGGAGAGAAACCGUUUAGUUGCUCAGUUUGUGGUAAUACUUUCACUCAAGUCUCAAGUCUGAGGCAACACAUGAGCAUCCACACGGGAGAGAAACCAUUCAGCUGCUCAGUGUGUAAUAAGUCUUUUACACAUAGAGGAAGUUUACAGUUUCACAUGGCAGUCCACACAGGAGAGAGACCAUUUAGCUGCUCAGUUUGUGAUAAAAGAUUUUCACGAAAGGGACAUUUGACACAACACAUGUGCAUCCACACAGGAGAGAAACGAUUCAGCUGCAGUGUUUGUCACAAAAGAUUUGCCUGGCGUCCACAGGUCAAAACACAUAAAUGUGUUGGCCACCAGUCCUCACACCUUCAUCAGAGUCAAACUGAGGACAACAGAGAGGCAGACCCUUCAGCCAGUAGCUCUACUGGCCAGAUGGAAACAGAAGCUGAUUUAGAGGACUGUGGAGGAGCAGAACCAUCCAGGAACUCAGAUCCAGAUACACAUUUACAACCAGUUAGUGAAGAUGACUCUCUGGACUCUUCUGAGACUGAAGUCAGUGCUGACGAUUGGGAGACCAGAGACCCUCUGUCAGGUUUACAUUCUUUGAAAACUGAUAAUGUCUCUGUCAGUGAUUUGAAAAUGUAGUACUGUUGAAAAACCAUUUAACUGCUUAACUGGCUUCUGAUAACAAGCCUGGAGACACUUCUGAACUGGAGACUGUGAUGAUGAUUGGACAGAGCCCAGCGGAACUCAGUCUGUAUGAAUUUUGUGAAAAAGUCCCUGUAACUGAUAUCAAAUGAAAUGUGUUGUGAGUGUGGUGAAACCAUAGAAUGUACAAAAUAAUGGAUGUAGCCACCAGGACAUCACCCAUUGGUUUGUAGACUCCUGUUUUGAAGCCUAGAGUUUGCCAUUUUGGAUUUAUGGAGCCAGAAGAGAUCGUUUUGGAGGAGAGAGUGGAGCUGUGGAUGAGUGAGGGGUGGGUCUAACACAUAAGCCCCAUUUCCACCAAGCAUUACAGUUCAGUUCAGUUCAGUUCAGUUCACUUCGGUACGCAUUUUUCCCAUUUCCAGUGUGGAAAGUUGUGGAUGGUACCAAUAGAACCGUUUUGUACCAUCCCCAUUUUUGGUGCUAGGUACCCUCUGUUGGAAUACCUAGCACACUGACCUGGUACUUAAAAGGUGGAGCUAGAAACGUUGUAGUCUGUUGAUUGGUCAAUAGAGGAUGGUCACUCGGCUCAGGGCUGAGUUGUGGCUGGAUUUGAAGCUUAUGUAACCACUGUUUAUACCAUAGAGAGUUUUACAUAUAUUGGUAAACUGUAACUAUGAAAUAAAAGGAUGUUUUGCUGCCUCUUGCAGCAGCUGUAGACUGUAGAGAAAAAAUCUCUUAAUUCACUGGUCCGACUGCCACCAACUUUUAAGGUGGAAUUUACUUGUAAUGUUACUCGAUGCAUGAGUUGACAGCGUGAAUCCAUCAGCACACCUAAAUUUCAGUGUGACAGCUUUGGUCGUUCCAUUAGUUUUUAUUGUCUCUCUUGGAUGAAAUACACUUUUAGUAAUGAGUUGAUCUUCAAGCGUUUAU